GACUGUUCACAUGCUUUGAUGUUGGCGCGAGUGUUAGUUGUCUUGCUUUUAAACCUAUAUUUUUGAGACUUAAUGAAUUAAAAUGACAAAAUCGAGAGGUUGUAGGAUCGAAUUGGGAGAUGUGACGCCCCACAACAUCAAUCAGCUGAAGCGACUAAAUCAGGUGGUGUUCCCGGUCAGCUACAACGACAAGUUCUACAAAGAUGUCCUCGAAGCUGGGGAACUUGCCAAGCUAGCUUACUACAAUGACAUUGUUGUGGGAGCCGUGUGCUGCCGGAUCGACACUUCGGAGAACACGAGGCGUCUUUACAUUAUGACCCUAGGAUGCCUGGCACCUUACAGACGGCUGGGCAUUGGAACGAUUAUGGUUCAACACGUUCUAAACUAUGUCAAGAAAGAUGGAAAUUUCGACAGCAUAUUUUUGCACGUCCAGGUGAACAACGAGAGUGCCAUCGAGUUCUACACCAAGUUUGGCUUCAAGAUUGUGGAGACGAAAGAGCACUACUACAAGAGGAUAGAACCUGCGGACGCGCACGUCCUCCAAAAGACUCUGAGGCCCACCAAGACGUCCCUGCAGAACGGCGUGGCCAGUGACAAGGAGCGGUCCUAGUGAGUGUGCCUGUGCUCGCGCGACAGCCCGGGGGGCGAGACACACACACACACUCGCGCGCAUCUGGCCAUGCCGACCAAGCUGCCCACUCGAGUUUGCCGGGCACAGACGGAAGAGCCCACCACCCCUCUAGCAGCCACGACACUGCCGCGGCACUUUCGGGUUCAGUCCAUUCAUUUUCUUUUUGCCCCCAUGUGUCCCUUUUUUGUUCGCAACAUUCAGUCGAGUUACUGCCGCACCUGUUCUGCCUCGUUUCUUUAGGUCGAGCGCUGAAAAUCCGGAGGGCGGCUGCGUCGCCACUCUUUCCAAUUUUCGGCGCCUUCUUGACGCUUCCGGGAUUUUGUUUUUGCCGAGAACUUUGUUCGGAGAUGCGUUUGGAUUUUUGAAAGAGGUCGGGGAAAGCCCCCUGUCGAAGUACUCGCAUUGUUGACGUUGGAGAACGUGCGAACCAUUUCGUGUGUUGGAGGUGGAUUCUUUCGUUUUGUUUCCUAGAGCUCUGAAGCAAAUUAGAUUUUGAAAGAGUGCGGAAUGCGACACCUGCCUAACUUUUUCCGUUCUUUUACCGAGGUCUUAGUUGUUUGCUGCGGCAGAUGUUCAAACGGCUUUGCAACAAGUAGGAAAUUUUUUAAGGAUAUUGGUUUUUGGGAGAGGAAUGGAAUAUGUAGGUCAGUGUUAUUUUUCGACCUCUGAGAAGUGCAGUUAUUGCUUUCUUUUAUUUGGCUGUGUCUUGGGAUAAACAGGUGCAGUUUUUGGUGCAAAGUUAUCACCUUAUCAAGGUUUACAAAGGUAAACACUAUUGUAAAAGCUUAUCAGUAUGGCCUCACUUGUUUCUUCCUCUUUUUCUUUAUUUUUUUACAAAUAAAAAACAACAAUGUGCAAUUUUUUUUUUUUUUAAUAAUGUGAAAGUAAAGCUGUUGGGGUUAAAUUAGUUUUCCCGGAGCUUGAAAAGAUGCAACGUUGCCGACUGAAAACUGUGUAUUUCAUGCUCGCACUGUCAGCAGCACCUUGUUCUGUCGGCGCAAAUUGAAUUUGUAUCGAUGCAAGGUGGCACGUGAGCUUCAUUCUGUGUUCUUUCUUCCAGUUUUAGCCUUAUUUUUGGCUAAUUGCAACAGCUGAGCCCUGUGUGUGUGUGUGGCAGCCUUGCCCUCAAGACUGUGUUUUCUACCCAAAGCAGCAGCAGUGGCUGCUGGAGACAAUGUGACCGCCAGGCACCCGUUGCCUGGUCCCUGUGGCUUGACCUUUGGCUGGUGACCCACCAUACGCCAUUGCAGCCUGUGUGAAUAAAUGUGGCCUAGGAAUUUUUAGGUGCA